AUGUAUCCUCGAGUGGUCUUCAGUUUACUGCUUCUAGCAAGUGCUUUCUCCGAAGAUAUUCGACAAAAAAGUGACAGAAGUGAUUUCAAGAGAUCAUUAGGUAAAAACUGUGAUAAUUCUUACACAGCGACAUGUUUGAAAUUGGAUAUUGUCGGAUGGGUUGAAGGACUCAACGAAAAAGGAAAUAUUAAUGUCCUACCAGGAGUAUCGAUAGUGCGGGAAAAUAGCAGUGCCAAAGCUAAUACAGCCGAUUUAGUUGCCGAACUUGGCAGAGAGUUCCCUAACGAUCCAGACGCCAGAUUAGAUGGUUUUCUAAUGAAGAAAGUCCAGGGAUUCCUCGACAGCCACUCCCUCAAACUAAACUUCGCAGAAGCAGGAGAUGGAACCUUCGAAGGUCGUAAGAAGAACAAGGGUGGUGGCGGCGGUAUGGGAAUGAUGAUGGCUGCAGCCGCUAUGAUGAAGGGUACUUUAGCGACCGUAGCGAUGGGAGCCUUAGCAGCUUUAGCAGGUAAAGCCUUGAUGACCUCUCUAAUAUCACUUCUCAUCUCCACCAUUAUCGGACUGAAAUCCUUAACAUCAGGCGGCGGGAAAUCGGUGGAAGUUAUAUCUACCAAAGGACAUGAAGAUCAUGGUGGUCAUGGUUGGUCCAGGAGAAGUUUGGAUGUACCAUUGCCGCUGGGGUUGCGACCGGAAUACAAACCAACAUAG